GUUGGACAGCAUUGCAUGAGGCCUGUAACCGAGGCUUUGUCUCCGUAGCAGUUGAACUCAUUAACGCUGGAGCCUCAGUCAAUGCUAAAGGCCUAGACAACGAGACUCCUCUGCACGACGCCUGUGUCAACAACCAUCUGAAGCUUGUAGAGUUGUUACUCGAGAGCGGUGCAAGCACUUCAAUAGUCAACAGGCGAGGACAAACUCCUGCUGACGUCUGUAGGUCUCCAGUUAUUCUGGCUCUUUUACAGCAGUCUGCCAGAGAUACUUCAGAAGUGCUUGGGCUUGAAAUGUCUCGACGCACUCCCCCUAGCAGUGCCGUCAAAGGCCCUGAUGCUCUCAAAGUAGAGAUCAAAGAAGAAGAGGAACAAUGUGAUGAAGGCUGCGAUCGAAGCUGUGAAGGCUCUUCUACUUCUGCACCGCAAGUGUCAUCUGCCUCUACCUCAACAUCUUCAUCGAGUAGCAGCUGCAGUGGUGGUCGGCCGUCUUCACCACGCGUUGCAUUGCGCAUCACCAGCACUGGCCAAGCCAAGACACCAGACAAAAGAAACUCCACUGAUAGCAAAUCAACGGAGGGCCGAGCUUCGAGCGACGAUCCAUAUGAGUUUAAGUGCACCAAAGAUGAAACUCCGUCAAGCGGCAACAAAGAUGAAGAAGAGGAAGAAUCUUCAUCAAAGCCCCACACUCCUGGGAAGAACGAUUCAGCUGGGGAAGAACGGGGAGAAAAACGGAGCAUCGAUGACGAUGAAGAUGAGACUGCUAGGAAGCGAAAAAGGAAGGAAGAAGUGAAGGACCAAUUACCAGUAACUCCAUCCAAGAAUGCUGGUAAAGGAGAGAAGACCAGCAAGCCCUCUAGUCGUUCAUGCUCAUCGAACAGCGGCCCCAAUUACACUGCCAACUCGGGCAAGAACAGCAGCAUCCUGGGAGCCACCAGUGGCGGUGCCUUAGCUGCUGUCGACCCUCCUACUUCUCAGGACACCAACAGGAAGAGUCCACAGACCAGCUCCAGCAGCCCGAAGUCUUCUAUUAAGCAAGAAAAAUGUGACGAAGCAGCUGACGAAGAAAAUUGCUCUAGAUCAGAUGCUCCCAAUUCCACUAACAGCUCUAGCAGCACUGGCAACAGCUCAAACGGCAACAACAAUAACAGCAGUCCGAAAGUACCUCCUUUAAAGAUAGUUCUGUCAUCUUGCGGAAAUAACAGCAAUAAUAAUAAUCCCAAUAGCGGCAUAAACAGCACCACGGGCGGCUCGGGGUCAUCAGGUGGUAUUGAUCAAGAAUCCGCAGGCCAACAGAGUGGUAAUGGAGGAAAUAAAAAUGGUAACGGUAAUGGCGGUAGCAGUGGACGUCAUUUGCCAUACGUGGUGUCCAGCUCUUCGAACGCCGGCCAAGACCACAUCAAUAUUAAAGAAGAAAAUAACAGCAGUGCACAUACAAGCAGCAGUACUGCUUCAAAUAAUUCCACCCAUGACUCUAAAGACAACCUCUCGCCGUUAGUUAAGGAGGAGCCCCUGAGUCCUGGGGGCUGUGAGAAGAGCGCAACACGCAUCACCCGCUCCACAAGGAGUAACACAGAUGAAGCUGGCAGUGCAGCGAGUGUCAAACUAGAAGUGAAAGUCGAGGAAGCAGCUGUCACUUCAAUAUCAUCCACGCCCGCAACAUUAUCGUCAGCAACUACAACACCACUCACCGCUACCACGUCAGUCUCUGCAAGCAGCAGUAGCACUAGUAAUAACAGCGCUCCCGCGGCAUCCAGCAGCAGCACCACUGAAGUCGUGCAUCCUCGCAAACGAAAAAUUAACAUCAAAGAAGAAGAUUCUGACCCUCCUCCACCUCCUUCGGUUCCUGAGCUACCGCUGUCUAAUUGUUAUCAAAUGUUUCUAGUCAUCAGGAAGCAGAUCGACGACCGCCGCAAACUGCUGUUCCCGGUGCAACCCAUACCUCCGCAGGGCUUCAAAGACUACCUCAUGAACCGAGCCACCUACGUGCUGGCCGGCAACCCUGCCUCUCAACAGUCCGUGCCGCUCAUGACCCCGCCAGCUUCUCUGCCUCAGCCGCUCAAAGAUCUCUUCACUGAGCAGGAACGUGCCAGGCAUAAGCUUAGACUUCUGCACCAGAUAGAGCGCGAAAAGAUGGCACUUUGUGUAGAGCAAGAGAUUCUGAGAGUGCAUGGCAGAAGGGCUGCCGCCCUUGCCAACCAAAUGCUUCCUUUCAGCGCUUGCAAUAUACUUAGGGAUCAGGAGGUAUAUAAUGUCUUAACUCCUGAACAAGAGGAGAAGCAUCGAAAUGCUCGUUCUCGAUUCAAUGGGCGACUCUUCAAUUCCUGGCUCCAGGAUGUCGACGAUAAAUGGGAAAAAAUCAGGGAGAGCAUGGUGUUGCGGCAACAAAACGAAGCCGAGUCUCUGCACGCUGUCCACCGCAUGGACUGGGAGUGGAAGAUGAAGGAGGUCGGGUUGUGCGAUAACAAAUCCAACCCGGUAAUAGACGACCUCCAUGUGCCCAUGGUCGCGGUGUCGGACUUCGAUCAUCUCUCUGCUUAGCUGUCUUUGCAUCUCUCGCGGAUGUAUAUUUUAUCCCAUCUGUUCAUUUAAAAGGGUGCCGUCUUGUAUAGAAAUUAGAGGACGAUGCUCCUAGGUUAGAUGCAAUAUUACAUUAUUUUUCUCUCCUAGUCAGUAAUUAUCAAUCAUCCAUUCAAUCGUGACGAGCCUAAUAUUAGAGUAAUGUUGUUACGAGGUCAAACGAUAGUGCAAAUUGCUCAACAUGUUUGUCGCAGUUUAACAUGAACGGAAAGUUCCAGUUGCUGAAAACAUUCUGGAUGUAAAUUGGUUGACCUGAUCGAGCAUACUAGGGGUGGAGGCCGAUGGCAAAAGAAGAGUGUUGACGAAGAUCCCAGAACGGGUGUACUAAUUUCAUUUCUUGGUUGUCGAAGUCAUUGAGCUAAUUGAACAUUGAAAUGUUACUGCAACUGGCAUAAUAAGACUAUUUUACA